CCGUUUAUAUUUGUUAAAGUUUCUAAUUUUAUUGAUGAUAAAUUUUAAUUUUUUACCAUCUAAAUUGAAAAUUGUUACUUGGGCGAUAAUGAAGAAAAGCAAAGCGCCGCUCACUACAACAUCGGCAACAAACGGCAAGAAACAGGGAGCGAUAAAGAAGCAGAAAACGCAGACGAUUCCGAGUUUGAUUGAGGCGGUUGCGAUCGGCAGUGGCCACCAUGGCACACCCAUGUGUCUCGUCGUCAGCAUGUCACAUUUCAAAAAGUUAAAAGGUGCUAACAGAGUGUUUUUAACGAAUGCAAAUUGGAGGAACGUAGGGGGUUUAAUAGGUCUAUCGCUGACCUUUGAAACAGCGGAAACGAAGCAGAUGUUCAUCCACGGUCCGCCUAAUGUGGUCUGUUUGGCGAUCUUCUACAUCACUACCGCCUGCCAUGAGCAUCACAUUUCUUCAUCAAGAAAUUUUUCAAAAUUCGAAAAUAUUGAAAUAGUCAAAGAAGAAAUAACAUCAGAAAAAUUCACUGACACAGCUAUGACCAUUGAAUACAUCCCACUAUCAAAUGGUGCUGAUGAUGAUGACGAUGUCGGGCCUGUUACUGUUAAAAAGAUGAAGCUAUCAAAAGAAGCUGUUGCUAUCAAUUCUGUUGCUUAUCUAUGCAAGCCCCAUGCCAAGCAGAGGAGCGUUGAUCUUGCAAAAUGUGUUGAGCUGAACGUCCCAGCGGGUCCACACUUGGCCCUUUUAAAAGAAGGGCAUGAGGUCAUUCUGCCUGGUACAGAUCGGUUGAUAAAACCAGACGAUGUGCUGUCAAAGUGCGAGCCAAACCAUUGUUUCCUUGUUGUAGAAUGCUCGUCAUUGGGGCACGUCCGUUGUGUGACUUCAUCACCAAUCUUAUCACCGUACAUGAAUCACGAUGAAAAAACUUCCCUGUCGACUCUGUCGCCACCACCGCCACCUCAGUCGUCGUCGUUAUCACCUCUCAAUCUUAUCAUUCAUUUCACUCACUCCUCAAUCAUGUCUCACCCACUCUAUCAAACAUGGAUGAAGAGUUUCAGAAACAGUGAAAACAUUCAUCACAUGGUCCUGAAUGAGAAGAGCAUUGAUAACUUCUUAUCAACGACAGCAGCUUCGAACGUUACCACAAAUACUACAACGGAAGAUGCCACAACGAUCUUACUAGCAGCAGUAGCGCCAGUAGCUACCGCAAACGCUACUGCAGAGGAAAAGUUUCAGUAUGGAAUGUUUCCAACUUCUACAACGUUAACAACACUGGACACGGAGGCUAUGUUUAAAUUGCAGACAUACUUCCACCUCAUCCAUCCUUUCAUCUUUCCGUCUCUACCUUACCAGAGCCUACGAAAACAGCAACUUUCAUCAGAAAAUGACUUCAGCAUAGACAGUAAAAUAAUGAGUGAUAAUAAGAAUAAUAUGAUCAAAUAUGCAGCAACGAAUGCUAAAUUCAUUAUGAGGCCGGUGUCCGAAAGUCCGUUCAACUUUGACCAGUGUAUAUCAAUAAAUCCCAAAUCGUACGUUGACGAACUUAUCGAGAGAGAAGAUGGACUGAAGGAGUUUCUGGACGAGUGGAGGAAUAAAAAUAACUUCAACCCACCUUCGCCAGUUAGUACAAACAAUCCAGAAAUACUUUUUCUCGGUACUGGCUCUGCAGUACCAAACAAGUACCGCAACGUCAGCUCUGUAUGGCUUAAUCUAGGAAACGGGAAAUGUUUUGUGAUGGACGCUGGUGAAAAUUCCUACGGUCAGUUGUUACGUCAUUAUGGGGUGAAGAAGGGUCAAGGUAAGUUGGCCGACCUCGCAGGGGCCUUCGUGUCACACCUACAUGCUGAUCAUCACCUGGGCCUAAUUGGAUUCGCCCUAGAGAGACAUAAUUACAUGAAAAGUAAACAAAAUAACAAGAAUGACGUCAUCGUCAAUGGCAAUGAUGAUCGUUUAAUCGUAAUUGCCCCGAGAGCAUUGUAUAGAUGGUAUAGUUCAAUUCACUGUGACGAUAUACCCAUUCUGGAUUCUAUUGAAUUCAUUGCGUCAGAGAGUUUGCACGUAGGAAGGCGGGAGAGAGCAGCAGACGACGUGGUUGUCGUCAGUCCUUCUUAUGAGAAACUCCUCAAGCUGACCGGUCUCAAGAAGAUUGAAACAGUAAGAGUUGAGCACACGCAACAUCCACACGGCUUGGUGUUACACGGUGGUAACGAUAACGAUGAUGAUGAUGAUGAGAAAGGGAGUGAUAACGAUAAUGAUAACAGAGGUUUAAGUAAUGAUAAUGAUGAUGAUGUCAAAUGUGGAUGGAAGUUGGUUUACUCUGGUGAUACCAUGCCGUCCAAGAACCUCAUCGAAGCAGGUAGGAAUUGUGACGUGUUAAUUCACGAAGCGACGUUUGACGCUAAUAAGGAGGAGGAAGCUAGAGAUAAAAAACAUUGCACAAGUACACAGGCCAUCGAGGUAGGCCGGCAGAUGAAGGCCAGCUUCACCAUCCUGACCCACUUCAGUCAGAGGUACGACAAACUUCCCAUCUUCACUGACGUCUUUGGGGAUGAUGUUGGCGUGGCUUUCGAUAACAUGAGGGUGACCUUGAAAGACCUUGCCACAUUGCCGAAACUGGUACCGGCUUACAAGCGUAUUCUGGCGUCCGAGUACUAUGAGAUGACUCAACAACUCGAGAACAAGCAGUUCAGAAAAGAAUUCCUCGCGACAGCGGCAACGACAGUAGCAACAAAAGCAGCAGCCACGUUGACGACCGAAUUAAAUCGUUAAAUUUCUUUCUGUUGAUUGUAUGUAGUUCGUUAUCUCGAACAAUUCAGACUGGAGUUAUUACGGAAAUAAAAUAAAUUUAUUUAUUUAGAAAAUUAAGAGGUUUUUUGUGUUUUUUAUGUUGUUUGCGUUGGAUUUAUACAGUAGGUAUUGUUAUUAUUAUUUAUAUUAUUACUAAUUAUUAUUACUACACUUUGUCUUUUUAUUUUGAAAAAACAUAGAGCAUUGUUUACAAACAAACAAACAAAUGAAUACCAUAAAACUCACCGUAACACAUUGUAAUAGUGUUAUAAGUAUUUUAUAUUAUAGGUACCUCCUGGCUUUAACUCGUUUAUUAAGAAAGUUAUUUAUUUAUGAUUGAUUGAUAAUUAUAAGAAAUUAUGUAAGUUAAUUAAUAUCAAUAUUUAAAUAAAUAAAUAAUGUUUACUCAUUAAUUUGAAAAAUCAAUUCGUAAAAUUUUGGCUAAAAAUAAA